CUCUUUUAAGCUGUAGUAUUGAAAUUCCAUCUCAAAAUUAAAGUGGAAAAAAUAUGAUACAUUUUUUUAACUUAUUCAACCUGCUCUUCAAGGUAAUCAUGAGACUUUGGAAUUCAUCACAGUUGCAAUUUAUUGAUUAUUUGCACUAUAUUUAUUGCAUUUGAACUCUAAUCAACUAUACUGUGAGUAGGUGUUCUCCAUAUUGAGCUAAUUUGUAUACUCCUAGCUCCAAUUAUAUUGAUUGGAUCAUGAUACAUAGUCAACACUUGUUUAUUGAAAAAGCAAAUGACUUUGAAAAUAAAUCAAUACUUUCAAAAAGUAUAGUGUUUCAGGUAUAUUAUCCUCUCUUUCUAAGUAAUCAAAUCCGCAGAAGUAAUGGAGUAUGAAAAUGUUACAGAAUUUAUACUCCUAGGUCUUUUUAGUGAUGAGGAUGUAAAGGCUAUCUGCUCUGUGCUCUUCUCACUUUGCUAUCUUGCAAUUCUCUCAGGAAAUCUGGUCAUGCUCCUCACCAUCAGGGGCAGCCACCUUCACAAACAGCCCAUGUACUUUUUCCUCAGCUACCUGUCUCUCAUGGAUAUGGGCUUCACUUCCACAGUGGCCCCCAAAUUUAUCAUAGAUCUUUUGACUCGGUGGAAUACCAUCUCCUAUAAUGGCUGCAUUGCCCAGAUGUUUUAUGCCCACUUCUUUGGUGCCACCAAGAUCUUCAUCUUGGUGGUCAUGGCCUAUGAUCGCUAUGUGGCCAUCUGCAGACCACUUCACUAUAUGGCUGUCAUGAGAAGGCAGAUGUGUUAUAGCCUUUUGAUGGUCUCUAUUAUUGGAGCCUUUCUCCAUUCAUUCGUGCAUGUAUUGAUUAUUAUUGAUCUUCCCUUCUGUGGUCCCAGUAAGAUAGACCACUAUUUCUGUGACAUAUUCCCAUUGCUGAAGCUUGCCUGCACGGACACAAGGCACUUGUUUAUUACAAUCAUUACCACCACAGGGGUGCUGGCUAUUUUGACCUUUGUUGCCUUGGUGAUUUCUUACAUCAUUAUCCUGUCCACCUUGAGGACCGGCUCCUCCCAGGGCCGCCGCAAAGCCCUGUCCACCUGCGGCUCACACAUCACUGUUGUGUUCCUGUUCUUCCUGCCUCUUAUCUUCACCUACGCCCCCACAGCUGAUUCCAUCAGCGAUGACAAGGUAUUAGCUCUCUUUUACACUGUGAUUGCACCAUUGUUCAAUCCUCUCAUUUACGCACUGAGAAACACAGACAUGAAGAAGGCCAUGAGGAAAGUGUGGUGUGGAGACCAACUGUUUGGAAGGAAUUGAGAUCUCUGCUACUGAAGUCACUCUUUAGCCUUAUGUCCACAGAAUCAGUGUCAUCAAAUGCAACAGGUCCGAGAGCUGGGGUCAGAAGUCACUAGACUUGCCAAGAAAAUGUUCUCUUUUGAUUUCUGUUUAUUAUUCUGUGCCUGUAUCCUCGGGACAUGGAUUCCUUCUCAGUUCUGAUACCUGUAACUUACUCUGUUUAUCCUAAUCCUAAAUAUAAUGAACUUGGUGAUAAUGUUAUCAGCACAAACUAAAUAUACUGCAUGGUUUAGCAGUUGUGCCUUGACUUAGAAACCAAAAAUUUUGACUGAGAUUUGUUGUAGUGGAAAGUCCUGAGCACUUCCUUUGUGAAGUGUUUAUUGCAGAUCAAACAUAAAAAAUUGUUAAAAUGACCAGGGAUGAUCAAAAAUAAUGUUAAUAUUUAAAUUUUUAAAAGCUUAUUACACUGAAGACAUUCCCAAAAACAGAAAGUGUGCUUGAUGCUAGGGGAGUAUUUUGAAGCAGUUUAAAGGCAAUUUAUCUUUUACUAUAUUAAAUUUUUAAAAUGUUGCAUUCCAUAUAUAUUUAAUCAGCUAACACUGAUCAAAUGGUUAAGUCAAUUUCUGUCAAAUAAAAUAUGUUGUGAACUUAACCAGUUUAUUUACUGAAUCUGGUACUAUGCAGCUUCUGGUUCUUUGCAAAAGACUGUGCAUUGAUUGAGAAUUGCCAGACAGUCAUUACAGCGCACCAGGAGAUGUUAGAAAGGAUGUCAAGAGCAUUUUCAAGAAGUGGCCAAAAUAAUGGUACAAGUAUGUUUGAAGGGAAGGAGAAUAUUUUGAGGGGGUUGAAUAGCAAAUUG